AUGGAAGAUUUUCAUAAAGAAGAGUUGUCUUUGUUCACUACACCCCCAGCAACCACGGCAGUACAAUCGAGAGAGUGGAUCACUUAUCGUCCAGUAAAUCAAGUCACCACCUUAUCGGCACUCGAAUUUAACAUACCCGAUACCGGAAACGUUGGCACCAAUGACGGUAAAACAGGAAAUAAUAACGGGUUGUUUUACAGAUGUGCGCUAUUUAAAGGCAGUACAAUUGUGGAAAUGGAAGGACCAUUACAUAUCGAUUUGUUUCAACAACCCAAGUUUCUCAUCAAUGGAGUCGCUGUAGGCAUUAAACUACAUCUUUACCGCGACGCCUUCACAUUAAUCACUGACAGCCCUUCUCCUGACUAUCGCGUAAAAAUAGCGGACGCUCAUUUCAAACUCUGUAUUCAGCGGAUGAAAAGUGACGUAUUAGUAGCGCACGACAAUCUCAUUCAAGGCAUGUCAGCCAUUUACCCUUACUUACGCACAGAGAUCAAGACGACGUCCAUUGCUUCGGGUCAAUUUAGUUACAGCGCUGACGAUAUAUUUCAAGGACUGGUUCCAUGUAAACUGAUAGUAGGCCUGGUUCCUAGUGCGGCAUUUAAUGGCGAUUACGCGCACAACCCAUUCAACUUCAAGCAUUAUAACUGUAGUUCCAUAGGCCUAUACGUCGAUGGACAAUCGGUACCUUCACAACAGAUGCAACCAAAUUAUUCGGCGGAUCAAUACACGGAGUGUUACAGAACUUUGACUCUGUUUAGGAACGACAUUAACAUUUCGGUCCAAGAUUAUAAGAAGGGAUAUUGUCUGUACGUUAUUGAUGUAGAUCCUUACUACUCGUUUAGCACUAAAAGGAAGGGACAUUGUCGACUAGAAAUCAAAUUUGCUGAGGCAUUACCAGAGAGUGUGACACUGAUUAUGUACGCCACCUUCCCAGAAGUACUGUAUAUCAACAGUGCCAGGGGCGUCUAUUUCAAAUGA